UGGCCAGUGGCCAACCACAGCAACAUCCUUUGUUCCUCCACCUUUUGCUCGGUACUAUAACAUAUGAUCACACUGUUCCUGGAGAAUAUAAGUAUCAAGACCACGUAAUGCAGGGUCCAAGUGAAUAAGUGAUAAUGGGAAAGGAACGGCACAAGGACAAUGCAUUGAAGACUUAUGUUCUGAAGGUGAACAUGCACUGCUGCUGUAAUGGUUGCAUCAAGAAGAUCAAGGAUGGGGUAAAAGAGAUCAUCCUUUCAGAAGGGGUGGACAGUGCUGAUCUGGUGGUGGAGAAAUCAGAGGUAACAGUGGUCGGGACAAUGGACCCAGAAAAUCUCUGCUGUUUGUUUCAUGAACUGACACGGAAGGAUGUGAAGAUAGAAACCCGAAGAAACAUGUCUGGAGGAGGUACUACACCAUCUCAAGAGACCAAUAAUCGAGAUGGUCAGGCCCCUCCCGACUCAUUUGCCCGAGAGACUACCGGAAGACUGCGAAACAGCCUCAGUGCCUCCCCCGUAAUGCCAAGCGCCCCGCCGCUACCGGAGACAUGGAGGGGCCAAGCCGUGCCUUCGGAGCGAUGUGCAUACCGCUGGUCGGCACCUUCUGCCGGUGCGCUUUGCGUGUGGACCGCAUCUGACGUCGCGGGGAUAUUGGCGGUCUAUGAACUCUGAAGGCUUAAACAGCACCGUGUCAGCUGAUGCUGCGUGACAUACUCCGUCAUCAUCACUAGAUAAAUAGAUCAAUGCAACUUGACGAGGAUCUGCUGUUGUCUUUGGAGAAGAUAAGGACCGUAGAAAUAGCAUGGGUUCUCUUGGUAGUACAACAGUAGAAGACGACGACACCACUGGAACAAUUAUACUCUUACAGCAGUGGAAAUAUGAUGUAUCUGUAUUUGGGUGCCCUUUAGAUGUUUCUUCUUCUUUUUCUAGAUAUGUAGCCCUGGUGGCAUAUAUUUUCUAUCAGGAAGCUGGAGGCUUUACUGCCUCCUUUUCACAAA